UAUCAAAUAUUUAUUAUUCAAAAUCAUUAAUUGUCAUAUAUACUUUAGCUAAAUUAAGUAAUUCUGUGAUUUUUAUUAAGGAAACAGUGAAGAGCAUUUAUGAUUAAUUUAUGGUUAGUUUAUUAAAAAGCUUAUUAUAUAUUUAUAUGAACCAAUAUAUUUUUUUAAGAAUUCUAAAAAUGAUUGUGGUGAUGACAUGUGGCUACAAAAAUAUGUUGUAAUGCUUCUCUUUUAAUAUAUAGGGGAUAAUAAGUUAUUGACUGUAGUGUAGAUAUCUAUAUUCGCACCAUAAAAAAAGUUCUACAUAGCGGGGACGGUUUUAUGUAAAUGUUUGGCAUUUGCAAGCAGUAAGCCUCAGAAGUUACUAAGGGUGACUCCAUAAGUUUUGUUCUUUUCCUUGAGUCAAGAAAAACAAAUACGGGAGACUUUCGUUAUGUAUAGCUUUAAAGAAAUGGUAAACUUAGUUUGUUGUCGAUACAAAGUGGUCAUUUGUUUACCGCCUAUCAUAGUUGCAAUGUACUUAUUGUAGUAUAAAGUUCAGUGUUCAAAGGUUAGCAUUUAUUUGCUUAGGGAAAAAGGAAAAAAAAAAUAGAGUUCAAAAGAAUAGGAACAUUAGCAUUUAAUAUCAUAAAUUGUAGUAGUUUUUGACCUUCCAUAAAUAGAGGAUGCGAAUUAAACAGAAUCUUUAGACCAAAAAAAGAAUUAAACAGAAUCUGUGAAUCUUCAACACAGAGAGAUCUCUCUCAACAGUUUCUUCUGUAUUCUCUAUCUCUCUAACUGCAUUCAUGGCGGCCACUGGAAGAUCAAGAACUUCAUCAGUCCUAUGUCCUCUCUCUUCUCCUGAGACGUUACUCAAUCAUCAUCAAAGAUCAUCCGCGUCUCUUUGCAACAUCAACCUCUGUUUGAAGAGGUUUUUUCCCGGAAACACUCCAAAAACCUCCGCUGCGUCCAAGUGUUUGUGCUCUCCUACGACGCACCCUGGGUCGUUCCGGUGCGCUUUUCACCGCCGUUUAGAAAGCGAGAAGAACAGAACCCUAAAUUCACAGGCGAAGCCAAACAAGUGUGGUAACAUGACAAAGAACUCGGGAUUGAAUAUGAGAAAAACGGCGUUGCUGAAUUCACUCGUGAGGAUCGCGAGUGUGGAGGCAGACCGGGUUAAGAAAUCUUUAGCGGCGAGUAUGGUUACACCGUCGCCUCUCCAUAUCAGUCGCCGGUUUGAUUUCCGGCCACGACCUAGCCGCUUCUACGCAUUGCGUAAAGAUCAAGAUUUAAUAUCUAGUCGACUUUGACCUAUUUCUUGCGUACGAAGGAACUAUCUUUUGGUCAACGAAAUUCUGACUAGACUACACAUCACAGCUUAAAUGUUUUUAAUUUUGUUUUUAAUAUUCAAAUAGAGAAACUUUACUCUUGGUGUAAUGUAAUCAGGGGAGUCAUAAAUUCUGAUGACUUAUAAGUUAUAAACUUAAACUAUAAACAAGUUUCCAGUUCAUGUCUGACUUGACUUUCCACUUUUGGUAUGUUUGACUGAAGUUUCUAGUUUUUGCUUAUACGAUGGGAGAUAUAAAUAUGCGGGGAGAAUGUUAUCUUUCCAAUAUUGACCAUGUUAUUGCCAUACACAUAAAAAGAAAGAAAAGAUACUGAGAAAGUGAGAAUAGAGGAUUCAGAGUUUUGUCUAUACAGUAGUGUUAGGAUUAAUAUUUUUUAACUUAUAGAGUUGUAAUUUACAAAAAAAAAUAUUUUUGAAUUUUCCAUUUUAGAAUAUAG